GGACUGUCACUUUGCGGGCCCCGUCCCUGCACCGCAGGCACCAGCCGGGCCCCCGCUCCCGGAGACGAUGCCCCUCGACAGGCACCGGACUACAGCUCCCAGCAUGCCCCGCGAGCCCUCAUUGGCCGCUGCCUCAGGCGCGCCCGCCUCCCUGCUUCCGCUUCCGGCCGGCGGCGGCGGUUAGCCCCGGGGCUGGGGGCGCCGGGUUUGAAUCAGGCCGCUCCCCUUCCCCCUCCCCUCGUCCCCCUGGCCGGGCCCGGGGCCGCUCCCGCCGCCAUGAACUUCUCGGAGGGCUUCAAGCUCUCGGGGCUGCUGUGCAAGUUCUCCCCCGACGGGAAGCGCCUGGCUUCAUGCGUGCAGUACCGUUUGAUAGUUCGAGAUGUGAACACCCUCCAAAUCCUUCAGCUCUACACUUGCCUGGAUCAGAUCCAAUAUGUGGAAUGGUCGUCUGAUUCUCUCUUUAUAUUAUGCGCCAUGUACAAACGAGGGAUUGUUCAGGUCUGGUCUUUAGAACAGCCAGACUGGCACUGCAAGAUUGACGAAGGGUCAGCAGGAUUGGUGGCUUCGUGCUGGAGUCCGGAUGGUCGUCACAUUCUCAAUACCACAGAGUUUCAUCUGCGGAUAACUGUCUGGUCCUUGUGUACAAAAUCUGUAUCUUAUAUCAAGUAUCCCAAAGCCUGUCAGCAGGGGAUAGCCUUUACGAAAGAUGGUCACUACAUGGCCUUAGCAGAGAGACGUGACUGCAAAGACUUCAUUAGCCUAUUUGUGUGCAGUGAUUGGCAACUCUUGCGGCAUUUUGACACUGAAACUCAAGACUUGGCUGGCAUUGAAUGGGCUCCAAAUGGAUGUGUUCUGGCCGUGUGGGAUACCUGUCUGGAGUAUAAAAUUUUGCUGUACUCCCUUGAUGGCCGACUGCUAUCCACGUAUCGUGCAUAUGAAUGGUCGCUGGGUAUUAAAUCAAUUGCCUGGAGCCCCAGCAGUCAGUUUUUGGCGAUUGGCAGCUAUGAUGAAAAGGUACGCAUAUUGAACCAUGUGACGUGGAAGAAGAUCACAGAGUUUGAGCAUCCUCCAAUCAUUGCUAACCCAAAGAUUAUUGUUUAUAAGGAAGUGGAGAAAUCUGCAACUGUAGAAACACAGAAACUCUCUUUCCCUCCGACCAGAGCACUGGCCAGCUCUCUCUUCAGUAUACCAAGUAAAUAUGAUGUUUCCCAGGUGCCCAUGUCUUUACAGUACAUCAAACCAGUUGCUGAUAGGGCAAAUCCAAGAAUUGGAAUUGGAACACUGGCAUUUAGUCCUGAUAACUGUUUCCUGGCAACUAAAAAUGAUAAUACUCCUAAUGCCAUCUGGAUCUGGGACAUUCAGAAGCUUAAGUUGUUCGUAGUCUUGGAGCAGUUGUGUACCAUUAACUCAUUUCAGUGGGACCCACGCCAACCUCGACUUGCCAUAUGCACUGGAAAUAGUAAAGUGUACCUGUGGUCCCCAGCAGGAUGCGUGUCAGUGCAGGUACCAAUGGAAGGUGAUUUCCAGGUCCUCUCUCUUUGCUGGCACUCUGGUGGGGACUCAAUGGCACUCUUGAGUAAGGAUAACUUCUGUUUGUGCUACUUGGAAAGAGAGGAGGUAAAAUAACUAAAGUAAAGGCUAGAAAAGCCAUCUUGCAAUUAAACCUUUAUGGAAAAUGUGCUGCUGGACUUACAGAGGAGUGAAGAUGGGGCAGAACCUCAGUCUUCAAACUGGAGAUAUUUUGAACUCAUUAAAAUCUUAUUUGGGGGAGGGAAAGAAAACUCCCUUGUAAAAUACUGUGAUAGUUACUUGAAUGACUUGUUCAAAAUUAAAUUGCAAAGUACUAGUGCAACUAAAACCGGUGGGAACAUGGCAUCAGGAUAUUUUAAUGAAGUAAUGGAGUAAAAUAUAAUGAAAACUUCUAAGCUUUUUGACUAGAAAAAUAUGUUGUGAAACUGUAGUUGUUUGUAUAUUGUGUAUAGAAAUUAUUUAAUUUUAUAUAUCUCAAUAAACAUUUUGAUAACUAAAAUCAA